AUGGCAGGCUUUCCACCUCCCGGUGCCACAAUCCUCGGCGAUGCUGCCGCUGGGAAGAAGAUCGAUGAAGUCGGGAAGAAGAAAGUCGAUUACUUCAACCUCCCUUGCCCCAUUCCCUUCGAGGAACUUCAACGCGAAGCUAUCAUGUCUUUAAAGCCUGAGCUUUUUGAAGGGAUGCGUUUUGAUUUCACGAAAGGGCUUAACCCCAAGUUUUCGCUCAGUCACAGCGUUUUCAUGGGUCCCAUGGAACUACCUUCUCAAGGUGCUGAAACCCUUAAAAUUCCCACUGCUCAUUACGAAUUUGGUGCUAAUUUCAUCGACCCAAAGUUGAUGCUCAUUGGAAGGGUCUUGACUGACGGGAGACUAACGGCAAGGGUGAAGUGUGACUUAACUGAUGAUCUUAGUUUAAAAGCUAAUGCUCAGCUGUCAAAUGAGCCAAAUAUGUCUCAUGGCAUGGUCAACUUUGAUUACAAGGGCAAAGAUUACAGAACUCAACUUCAAUUAGGAGAUGGUUCUUUGUUUGGAGCUAGUUACAUUCAGAGUAUUACCCCACAUUUAUCCAUGGGUGGUGAAGUAUUUUGGGCCGGUCAGCAUCUAAAGUCUGGUGUUGGUUAUGCUGCUCGGUAUGAGAACGAUAAAAUGGUUGCGACAGGGCAAGUUGCUAGCACCGGUAUGGUUGCCAUGAGCUACGUCCAGAAGGUCUCAGAGAAGGUUUCAUUGGCAACAGAUUUCAUGUACAAUUACCUUUCGCGAGAUGUGACUGCCAGUGUUGGAUACGAUUACAUCCUCAGACAAGCUCGUCUGAGAGGGAAGCUAGACUCCAAUGGGUGUGCUUCUGCAUUCUUGGAGGAGCGGUUGAACAUGGGUCUCAACUUUGUCCUAUCGGCCGAGAUUGAUCAUAAGAAGAGUGACUACAAAUUUGGAUUCGGGCUGACAGUAGGGUAA